CGGAAACCGGUUCUGGAACAGAAUAUCGGAUCCGGUACCCUUUAAUCGGUCGGGCUCUUGGUCUCAUAGAAAGUUCAUUUCGGUUCUUGGGUAUUCGUUAACCGAUGCUCAUCUCUCGACCAACUUCGACUGCAUCUCCAUUUGUAGUCCAUAGGUCUGCAACAACUAAUCGUCAAUACAAGCAGCUCAAAUGCAAUUACAAGCAAGGAAUUUUCGUUUACAAACUGUUAUUCUUGCGUUCAAAUCUUGAUUUUUCAAAUGCUCUUUAAAUCAAUCAAGUAUGCUACUCAUUAUCAAGAUUCCAUUGCAAAAAGAGUGUGUAGAAGAGCACUCGUCCACUCAUGGCCGUCAAAAAACCCUAACGAAAAUGGGUAUAUUAGCGAUGAAAGAUCGGGGCCAAAUAGCGUUAGGGUUUCAAAUCUUUUUGGCAGUGGUAGGGAUUAUAAUUCGUGUCAAGAAUCAGGGGAGGAAGUCGAUUCCAAAUUUUCGAGAAAUUACGAUGCGAAUGGUCAAGAAAUCGAGGGUUUCAGAAGGGUUGAAAACGAUGGAGAUGAAAUUAGACAUCCAUUAGUGAAGGAAGUUUGUAGAUUGAUCGACUUACGCUCAAAUUGGACUCCGAACCUUGAAGGCGAAUUGAAACAAUUGGUUCGAAGUUUGAAGCCUCAACAAGUUUCCGCCGUGCUUAGGCAUCAAAAGGAUGCGCGAAUUGCACUUCAAUUGUUUUAUUGGGCCGAUCGACAAUGGCGAUACCAGCAUCACCCCAUUGUCUACAACUCCAUGCUCGAGAUCCUUAGCAAAACUAGUAUGUAUCAAGGCGCUAAAAGGGUUAUUCGUCUUAUGUCACGAAGAAGAAUCCGUCUUCAUCCUGAAGCGUUUGGUUACUUGAUGAUAUCCUACAGCCGUGCUGGCCAUUGGCGAAAAGCGUUGCAGGUUUUCUCGGUAAUGGAAAAAGCUAAAAUCUCCCCUAAUUUGCUUGUAUAUAACAUCGCCAUUUACGUUCUUGUGAAAUCUAACAAACUGGAAAUGGCGAUGAAGAUAUUGGAUAGGAUGAAACUAGUGGAGAUCGCUCCUAAUGAAGUGACAUACAAUUGCUUGAUUAAAGGGUAUUGUGAUGCAGGUCGUAUUCAAGACGCCAUGAAUCUGAUUCAAGCCAUGUCUUUGACAAAUUGUUAUCCUGAUAAGGUAUGUUAUCAUACGAUCAUGGGUUUCUACUGUAAAGAUAAUAAAAUCGAAGAAAUUAGGAGCUUGAUGAAGAAAAUGAAAGAAGGUAAUGUAAUCCCAGAUCAAGUUACUUACAAUACCCUCAUUCAUAUGCUCUCUAAAUCCGGCUAUGGAGUUUCUGCAAUUUCUUUUCUAAAAGAAGCUGAACAACACGGCUUUUCAAUCGAUAAAGUGGAAUACAGUGCAAUCAUCCAUUCAUUCUGUGAAUCUGGAGACAUAGAGAAAGCAAAAGAACUUAUGAAAGAGAUGAAGAUGAAAGGUUGUCCCCCUGAUAUUGUGACAUACACCGAUCUCAUAAAUGGUCUUUGUAGAGUUGGGAAAGUUCUAGAAGCCAAAACUUUACUUCAAGAAAUCUCAAAACUCGGUUGCAAACCAAACACAGUUUCAUAUACCUCGUUCUUGAACGGAUUAUGUCGUAAUGGGAAAUCAUCAGAAGCUCGAGAGAUUUUGAACACAAGUGAAGACGAAUUGUGGGUCCCGAAUUCAAUCACAUAUAGUGUUCUAAUGCAUGGUUUUAUACGCGAAGGAAAGUUACCCGAGGCCCAUGAAAUAACCCGUGAAAUGAUCCGAAAAGGGUUCUCCCCAACUCCAGCCGAAAUCAAUCUUUUGAUCCAAUCUUUUUGUCAAAACGGGCGACCCAAUGAUGCCAAGAAGUUGAUCCAAGAAUGUCUUGAAAAAUGCGAGGUUAACCAGGUAAAUUUCACAACUUUGAUCAAUGGAUUUUGUAAAAAUCAAGACUUGGAAUCCGCGUUUUCGGUUCUUGAUGAUAUGUACUUGAAAGACAUAAAACCGGAUGUGGUUACAUACACGACGAUAAUCGAUACAUUAGGAAAAAUGGGUUUGAUAGAAAAGGCGAUAGAAAUGAUUAAUAAAAUGCUCGCAAAAAGUUUAAUCCCGACUUUAGUUACAUAUAGGGUUAUUAUAAAUCGAUUUUGUCAACACGGAAGAGUAGAUGAACUUUUAUCUUUACUCGAUAAGAUGGUCUUGAGGCAACCCUACAAGAAUGUUUACAAUCUAGUUAUUGAAAAACUUUGUUUGUUUGGGAAGGUUGAUGAGGCGUAUAAACUUUUAGGUAAAGUUUUGAGGACGGGUUCGAGAACCGAUGUUGACAGCUGUCAUAUGCUUAUUGAAAGUUAUUUGAAAAAGGGCGAUCCGGGGUCCGCGUAUAAAGUGGCAUGUUGGAUGUUUGAACGAAAUUUGGUUCUGGAUUUGAAGUUAUCUGAGAAAUUGAGGAAAAUUUUGUGUGUUUAUGGGAUGUCGCGUGAGGCGGAUGAAAUUAUGCUAAGAUUUGUAGAAUGUGGAAAGAUCUCUGUGUGAGUUGGUCUUGCUAUAAAGAGGUGAGAAUCUGUAAGUGUGGUCUUAGGUUCAAGUUUGGGCAUCAUCUUGUUGUGGGGACACUGUGAUUUACCUUUCUCAUAUUGACUGUGAGUGUGGUUAAAGUUUCAAUUUUAAUGUGGAUUUAGGGUCCUUAUGAGCGAGCCACCAACUAGUGGGCUACUGUGUACCUGAUUUACAUCUCACAUGAUAUUUUUCGAAGCAUAAUAGUGUUGGCCAGCUCCGAGGUUGUUGGAGACAUCAUUUUUGCUACAAGUUAUGUAUUAUGGUUUUGUAAGAUGCUACUUUGAAAUUGUAUUGGAUUGACCUAUUGUGUUUUUAAGGAAGUAGGCUCAAGUAAAGACCAUUUAGUUAUAGUGAAAGAAGUAGUUUGUAUAUUCUCUAGAAUUAGUGGUUUUCUUUUAGGUUUACACUUUAGCUUUCUUUCUAUAAUUUUAUCCGUUGUGAGUUGAUACUUUGAUACUAUACUUGAAGAACUUGUGUAA